AUGGCGGAGAAUGGUGAGCAAAGGCGACAGCUACCUCGUGAGCUACCGAACCACGAGGAUGAGCAACAACAACUUGCACACGAAACACAACAUCAACUCACUGAGGAAACGGGAUACGAUGAAGACUACGACGAGAUAGCGGAACAAUCGCGAUUAGCCUUGCAACAUGCAUACGAGGAAUUCGAGCGCGUAUUUCAAGAAACACCCGAGGAACAACAACAGCGGUAUGAACAGCUGAUACGAAACGCACAAAGCUACCGUCCUACCAAUCAACGUGAACCAGGCUCCCGAAAUGUCGAAAGAUUUGGCAGCCAGCAACCUGCUGUCGUUUACCAGCUAACUGAGCGACAACGGAUUCAAGCGGAGAGAACUCGAGCAAUCAAUGAACGUAUGCUGCAGCUCGCUUUCGAAGGCGGAUACGGCCCCGAUGAGGACUACAGCCGGGACCGCGAAUUCGAUCGGCUCCUUAACUACAACCUGCAGGCCAUUGAAAAUACAAUCCUGGACUACAACCCAGAAUCCGAACUCGAUACAAACCUAGGCUACAACCAAGAAUCCGAACCGCAGGUUGAAUUGCCUCGUGCGCUUACAACGGACUACCUACUUGAGGACGAUCCGUAUUUCCCGACGUCGGUUGACCAACGACUGACAUAUUCGGACAGCACGCCGACAGUCUCAAUUACGGAAGGGACCAACAUUCUGCAACUGCCUCUACCAUUGACGCCCAUUGGGAGAGCGGAGUUUCCUGGGGACGCAUACGUGGCUGACAACUACGGUUCUUUGGAAGACCAAGACGAGGAGGACGAGGAAGAGCCCCUUGAGCACUCCAGAGGAAUGCGCGUGAUACAGUACAACGACCAACCAAGCCUUUCACCUGAUGUGCACUCGGAAGACGCGUGGCCCUCGCCGUACGAGCGUCGGCGAGUCCGUCAGGACAUUGCGCCGGAGACCGACGAGGAAAUAACGCCGAUGAGGGACGCUCAUCCGCAGUUAUCCUUAUCGGCACACGCGCCCAGGAGAACGAUCAUCAACCUCGUGCCGGGAUACACAUCGGAGUCAUCUUCGGAUUCCUCACCCGAAUCGUCGGAAGCAUCCGAGGAGUCUUCACCCGUCUGGUAUACCAAUAGAGUGCAUUACCCCGACGACGGAAGAGAUGGCUCUCCUGCCCCCAAGCGCCAUUUCCGCCGUGCGUGA